AUGGAGAAGGUACGACGUUAUACCUUAGAAGAAGUUAAACGUCACGAACAUCCGGAUGAUCUUUGGAUGGUUAUUUAUAAUAAAGUCUUUGAUAUAACUCUAUUUGCACAAGAUCACCCAGGAGGGAAGGAGGUUCUUUUUGAUUGCGGUGGUGUUGAUGCCACGGAACCAUUUGAAGAUGUUGGCCAUUCUGAUGAUGCUUUGUUCAUGCUUGCUCCUUACUUUGUUGGUGAUGUUAUUGAAGGAGAUCGUAAAGUUCAGGGUCGUCGUUCGAUGAAUGGAUAA